AUGGACAUGAAUCAGAUCGCAGAAGAAAGUCUUGCAGACAAUACGCUGAAGAACGUGAUCCAGAAGUGGCUUCAUUCAGAUAUUGUAAAUGGAACGAUCACUGAUGUUGUCAAAUUGGGUGUUAUCGAGUCAUUCAAUGUGAAAUUAUGUAUGGUAUCGAGUGCGGCGGAAGCAGCUGAACAGAUCCUUCGUGUCGACAACAUCAUCAAAUGUGCCCCACGUCCUCGUCCAGCCGAUCACCGACCUUGCUAA